AUGACAAGUGUGAUACCUAUGGAGUCGAACCCUGAAACCAUGAAUAUGUAUUUGAAACGGUUAGGAGUUUCUGAAAAAUGGCAUAUGGUAGAUGUCGUCAGUCUAGAUGAAGAUGCUUUGAACUGGGUCCCUCGUCCUGUGCUCGCUUUGUUGCUUCUAUUUCCAUUAUCAAAGACUUACGAAGAUCUAAGAUCCGAACAAGAAAAAAAUCUUCUAAAGAAAGGUCAUCAAGCUCCUAAAGACGUUUUUCAUCUCAAACAAGUUCUCAGUAACGUAUGUGGACCUAUAGCUUUAGUGCAUAGCGUGGCAAACAAUACCAACCACAUUGAACUAGAAGAUGGUUUGUUGAAGAAUUACCUAAAAAAUGCCAAAGGCUUGGAUGCGGCUGCUAAAGGUGCACUUCUAGAAAAUUCAGUUGCUAUGUUGGAAGCUUAUAAAGAUAUAGCAAUGAAUGAGAGUCGUGAAGAUGCAACUUCUUCUCAUGAUAUAAGCAAUCACUUUGUUACAUUUAUACACAAAGAUGGUUCUUUGUAUGAAUUGGAUGGAAGAAAAUCGUUUCCUAUAAACCACGGUUCGACAAACGCUGAUAGUUUCCUCGAGGACGCAGCGAAGAUAUGUCGUAGUUUUAUCGCCCGAGAACCUGGCAAUAUUGGUUUUAAUAUAAUGGCACUCGUACCAGUGCAAUAA